AUGGCUGAGACUCAGGCCCCCGAGGUUGACUACACCCUCAACAACCCCGACACCUUGACCAAGUACAAGACCGCUGCUCAGAUCUCCCAGAAGGUUCUCGAAGCCGUCUCAGGAUGGUGUGUUGAGGGCAGCAAGAUCGUUGAGCUUUGCCAGAAGGGUGACCAGCUCCUCGAGGAGGAGAUUGCCAAGGUCUACAAGGGCAAGAAGAUCCAGAAGGGUAUCGCUCACCCCACCACGGUCUCUCCCAGCUCCUAUGUGACUCCCUACACUCCCCUGGUGUCCGACGCUCAGGAGGCCGAGACCACCUUGAAGGCCGGUGAGAUCGCCAAGAUCCAGCUUGGUGCUCAGAUCGAUGGCUUCGGUACCAUCGUUUGCGACAUGGUCGUUGUCGCCGACAGCAACUCGUCCGCCGAUGUGGUGACCGGCCGCGAGGCUGACCUUAUCCACGCCACUCACUACGCCAACGAGCUUCUCCUGAGACUUAUGGUUCCCCCUGGCCUGCUCGCCAGCGGAACUGAUGAGGAGAAGCAGAAGGCCGCUGCCCAGAAGCCUCCUACCCAGGCUCAGAUCACUCAGUUGAUUGAGAAGGUCGCCAAGGCCUACGACUGCAACGUUGUCGAGAACACCACCAGCUGGCUGUUUGACCGCAACGAGAUCGAAGGCGAGAAGAAGAUCAUCCUCUCGCCCGGCGCUGGUGUCAAGGGUGAGGGUGUCCCCGAGGUCGGUGAAGUCUGGGGUGUUGAGCUUGGUCUGUCUCUCGGAUCCGGAAAGGUCAAGACCCUCCCUCACCGUGCCACUCUCCACCGCCGUACCACCACCACCUACGGCCUCAAGCGCCCUAGCUCCAGACAGACUCUCUCCGAGAUCGUCAAGAAGUUUGGCCAGUUCCCCUUCAGCUUGCGCCAGCUGGAUGAUGAGAAGUCUGCCAAGGUUGGUGUUGUCGAGUGUGUCCGUGGUGGUGUCCUGAGACAGUACGAGCCCGCCGGUGAUGCCGACAACGCUCCCGUCUCCCGCGUCCUGACCACUCUUGCGAUUACCAAGAACGGCAUCACCCGUCUUGCCGCUCCCACCACCCCUGAUCUUUCCAAGUUCCAGACGGACAAGAAGAUCGAGGACGAGGAGAUCCUUGCGAUCCUCGAGCGCCCGUUGGCCAGAUCCACCGGCUCCAAGAAGAACAAGAACAACAAGAAGAAGACUGCCGCCAAGAAGGCUGACGAGUAA